CCCAUCUUACAUUAUAUAUAUACACAUUUAUGUACUUAGCUUACAGCUUCUUCAUAUUGAAACACAUAUCGGAAAGUUGAUCAAAGAUGGGAGUGGAAGGCACCAUUGAAUACAUCUCCGAUUUGCUUAGCAGCGUCAAGAAGAAGAAAAAGAAGAAGCAAAUCCAAACUGUGGCUCUCAAAAUAAGGAUGGAUUGUGAAGGUUGUGCCCGUAAGGUCAAGAAGGUCCUCUCCGGCGUAAAGGGGGCGAAGUCCGUGGACGUGGACUUGAAGCAACAGAAGGCAACCGUGACGGGUUACGUGGAGGCGAAGAAAGUGCUUGCGGCGGCACAGUCGACGAAGAAGAAGGUGGAGUUGUGGCCUUAUGUGCCGUACACUCUGGUGGCCAAUCCUUACGUGGCUCAAGCUUAUGACAAGAAAGCACCGCGCAAUCAUGUGAGGAAGGUUCCUGAUACGGCCACCGUGAGUGAGACCACCGUGGACGACCGCUAUAUCAUCAUGUUCAGUGAUGAAAACCCUAAUGCUUGCUCCAUCAUGUAAAAAAAAACCACAAAUAAAACGAUAGCAGUAAUAAAGAGGAUUGUAAAGUUUUAAUUUGUUCCGUUGCAAUAUGAAUGAGAAAUGUUUGUGGUAAGAUGCGAGCAAAUGGGGAACCUUGUGGGCCGUUGUGCCACAAUUAUGUAUUUGAUGUAUAUAGCAUUGUCUAUAUAUUUGACCUUUUACAUGAGAA